ACUGAAAGAUCGAAUGACCUGAUUGAGCUUAAGGAAUUCUUACUCAAUCAAUCACUGAUGUUGGCAUUUUUCACUUUACCACCCGCAAGAAUGUUUGCAAAUAAUCAUAUGAUUCUUCCCAAUUUCCAUGCAACUUAUCCAAUGCUCUUUGUUUCCCAUACCAAGCCUUCUUAUAAGUAACUUGCAUAUUAAAUUUAUCUUUCAUCUCGGCUUGCACAGUUAGAACACUUAGAUUUGGUUGGACACGUACCAAAUGUUUCAUGGGCUCAGAUAUAAUGUCGACAUCAAGAUGACAUGAUCUGUCGGUUGAGUCAUACUGCUACAAGAAUGCACAAACUUGGCCUUUCUCACAGUCCAUUCGCUUACAACGUCUCGACAUCCAAACCGCACCAUCCAAGGACAAUUGUCAUCCUUAUGCUUCAAGCAUCUAACCUUCCAGAUCGAAGGUGAUGACUCCACCACGCCAUACUGAAAGUUGUGUUGUAGUGCGUGGUGUUUAAUCGCCACCUGUGCAGCUUGUUUCGAGUGAAAUAUCUGGCCCUUGUAGAAUUCUCCUUCAAAACCAGUAACAAUAGGCAUUGGAAUUAUCCCAUAUGAAUCAACAUGUGAUAAUUCAUCAUCCUCUUCAUUAACCUGCAAAUAAAAAUAUGGAGGAAGGUUAGCCUGUUAUUCUUCCCCAUGUUCCUCCUCCUCCUCCUCGUCGUCAUAAUCAUGAUCAUAUGACACACUCCAUGUAUCAUCUUCACCCUUAUCAGCCUGGCUAAUCUCAACAUGUACCUCAGCACCCAAACAAUAAGGGUUUUGUGUCAUCAAAUCGAAAAGCACAUUCAAACCAUCAUCAUCCACGAAAAUACAAUAUAUGUGUCAAUUAAUUGAAAACCACCAUAUUGGUGGUAAAUAAAAAAAAUAACAAUAUUUUGGGAUAAUCCCUACAAUCGAUCUUACCUAGUAUCGCAAAUUUCGAGUUUGUUUACAAAAAGCAAAUCGAAUUAUAUUAGUGUUUGACAUUGAUUUAUUUUGUGCAAUACUAUUUGACAGUAGUUCAUCGGUUAAUACAACAAUAUCUCAUACAUUCGAACAUAUAUGAUUAUGAACCCAAAUCCUUUAGCAUGAAGUAUUUCUUUUUCAAGUGAAAUUCCCUAUUAAUUCUGAUUAAUAGAAUAAUGUUUUUUUUCCCUUCAAAGCGCACUCGUUUUUUAUGUGGCUUCAUCGGAUAUGCGACUAAUGACGUAAAGACCGAAUACAAUAGCAAAAGCCAAAACUAAUACAACUUCCAAUGAGGAAAAAAGAAUGAGAAUUUUCCUCACAGGACAAUGAGCCACCAUAUUCUCAUCCCAACCGGAUAUAACAAACACUAUACCAAGAAAGAAGAAGCAAAUAGUUGUAGGGAUAACAUUCAAAAGCUGAGUCUCUUAUCGGAAUUUCCGACCUGGUGAGCGGGAAAAGAACAUGUUCAAAAGACUUUCCUCUUUCAUUGAAACAAGAGGACAAGACACACUAACUCCUUGAUCGUCACACCCUAAUUUUUAAGUGUCCCCCGCACGAGUGACCGAAACAUUGAUAGAUCAAUCUAACCUUAUAAAAAAGUAUUGUUUUUAGUACAAAGUACUCAAAAUGAAGAUACUUGUGUACACUAGGCAUUCUAUGUCCUACCUUGAUUAUACCAACGCCCUCCAUCUGUCGCCACACCAUAUGUCGCUACACCAAUGAUUUAACGAGUUAUUAAAUAUUUUUUUAUCCAUAAAAAGAAAAGAAGAGAACUAGAGAAGGUUAAAGACAAUUUUUUUUUUGUCAAAAGAUAUCAUAUAUUGAUCAAUAAACAGAUAGUUACAUCCUGGAAACCAGCCAAGCCCGGAAAUCAAAGGAGCGACACAUAGUCGGAUACAAAGAGAGUGCUUUUCUAGCUACCGAAUGAGCUACCAUAUUGUUCUCUCGACCUACAAAUCGCACACUAAAUCCAGGCUGGACGCGAAAAUAAUAACCUAUCUCCUCCAGUAUAGCACCCAACCUGUUGUCCCUUGUUUCGGCUUGAUUAAUAGGUUAAAGACCAUUAACAACCCCCAAAUAACUCAUUUUGUAAACUAAUAAAAUGGCAAUUGGCAAAUGACUCCACCUAAAUCCUAAUUACGACACUCAGUCAAUUUGCGAAUUUAUAAGUGACUAAGCUCAGUAUCCAGCCAAGCCAAGAAGCGCGAUACAAAAAUAGAAAAAUUGAAACGGGACAGGCCGCAGAAGAAAGGAAAGGGAGAAAACUGGGCGAGGAAGAUGGAAGAUUUCGAGCGGAAGGUGUCACUGGCUGAUGAUUCAAUGGAAACGGAUGGUGUGACUAAGAGCUCCAAUUCCUCGCAAACCCUACUCUUGCUCCGCAGGUUCCUUCAAAUCCAGCAACGUAGAGCCCAAGCUUAUGCCACCCUCAAACGAGGUUUUACUGAAUAUCUGGCUUCGGGAGGGGAGCUGGCUUACCAAAAGCUUUGCACUGAGAUCACAACAGAGUUCAACGACUGCUCAAAACAAGUCCGUGAAAUCGAGGCCCUAUUUCUAGACCCUGAUUGCAGCCGGUCCGAUCUAGCACAAUUGCUCAGAGCUGUUCAAACUCAGGAGAAGCUGAAAUUGCAACUGACUGCAACGAUUCAGUUGUUGAAGAAAGCUGGGCGGCCAUCCGAGCGACUGGUGAGUCAUGCAAAUUGCAGUUUUCCGAAGCCCAUGGAACACCAGUGCGUGCACGUGCAUGAAAUAACAGAGAGUGACGGGACUGAAGAAGCAGAAGCAAAUGCUGAGUACGACAAUGCCCUCAAUGAAGCCAUUCGAGGUGUGCAGGACGCAGUGACUUCCAUUAAUGAACAUAUUGAAGAAGUGAAGUAUGAGAUUGCAGCGAUUGAAGUUGAAUGACAUUGCAUAUAUCAGAGACAACAUAGUAUGCUAGAACAAGAGUUCCCUCCUUGAUAUAGACAUGUAUCGAUUAUGAAUUACAUGCUCGAUGCGGAGAACUUUUGUAAAUAAGUUCUAUUUCAGCGUAACUAGGCAAUGUGAUUGGUUGAUGUUGUACCAAAAUUUGUUCGAUCCUUCCAAAAACCAUAAAAUAGUACGAUUACAGCAAACAGAUAUAGCAAUGCAGCCUUCAACUGCUACCCAUCAUCCCAUCAAAGUUAGAGAAGUGGUGCAUGACUGUUUCAAACAAAUUAAAAAGAGUUUACAGGAGCAGAAACAUGCCACACUAUCUCUAUAAAACUUGGUUGGCAUUGGACAAUACACAUGUUGAUUCUUC